AUGAGACCAGGAUCAGCUGCUGCGACCCCACCAGCCAAGCCCCGGUGGGGAGAUAUCGAUGACGAGGAUGCAGAGAAGGAGAUUGACCUCCUCCUCUUGCCGCCGAAGCAGGUGAUUGGCCCCAACGAGAAGGGCAUCAAGAAGGUAAUUGAAUACAAACUCAAUGAAAAAGGCCAGAAGGUUAAGAUCACCACCAUCACCCGGACCAAUUCUCUCCGCAUGACUAAGGCAGCCGCGGAGCGGCGCUCCUGGACCGAAUUCGGAGCCGCCGUCAAUGAAAACGGCAGUGCCAAUGUGACUAUGGUUUCCAAAGAAGACAUCACGCUCGAACGCCCUAAAGCUCUUGGCACCAACAUGGCACAUGAACUACCAAAGAGUACUGAAAAAGGUCCUACUAGUCUCAAGCUUUGCAGGACUUGUGGUAAGAAAGGUGACCACUGGACUGCACAGUGCCCUUACAAAGACCUCGUCACACCGAGUACCGGAGACGAUAGCCCACCGGAGACAGGCACAACAAGCAAGACUGGUACAUAUGUUCCUCCGGGCAUGAGACCAGGAGCGAGGAACAAUAUGAGGAAUGAUGAGAAUUCCGUUAGGGUUAGCAACCUUUCGGAGGAUACCAGGGACGCCGAUUUGCGUGAACUCUUCAGUCCUUUUGGUGAAAUAACCCGUGCUCGCGUUGUUCUUGAGAAAGACACACAAGUUAGUAGAGGAUUUGGAUUUGUUAACUUUGAUAACAAGGAACAUGGCCAAAGAGCCAUAGACAAACUCAAUGGGUAUGGCUAUGACAAUCUCAUCCUCCGGGUCGAAUGGGCCACCCCCAGGCCAAGAGCCAAUUGA